CUCACCGCGCCGGGGCGGGCGGCCGGCUAGCGGGCUUAGCGGCUCUGCGCGGGGCAAGUGGCUGGGGGACCCAAGUCCCCCCAUCUUCGGCAGGUGCUUCCAAGCAGUGGAAGGCGGGCAAGCGGGAGCCAUGCAGUCAGAAUCUGGGAUCGUGGCGGAUUUCGAAGUCGGGGAGGAGUUUCACGAAGAACCCAAAACCUAUUACGAACUCAAAAGUCAACCUCUGAAGAGCAGCAGUUCGGCAGAGCAUCCUGGGGCCUCCAAGCCUCCGUUAAGCUCCUCCAGUAUGACAUCACGCAUCUUGCUACGCCAGCAACUCAUGCGUGAGCAGAUGCAGGAGCAGGAGCGCAGGGAACAGCAGCAGAAGCUGCAAGCAGCCCAGUUCAUGCAACAGCGAGUGCCCGUGAGCCAGACACCAGCCAUCAACGUCAGCGUGCCCACCACCCUUCCCUCUGCCACCCAGGUGCCGAUGGAAGUCCUCAAGGUGCAGACCCACCUGGAAAACCCCACCAAGUACCACAUACAGCAAGCCCAGAGGCACCAGGUAAAGCAGUACCUUUCUACCACGUUAGCAAAUAAACAUGCCAGCCAAGUCCUGAGCUCACCAUGUCCAAACCAGCCUGGCGACCACGCCAUGCCACCAGUGCCGGGGAGCAGCGCACCCAACAGCCCCAUGGCUAUGCUCACUCUUAACUCCAACUGUGAAAAAGAGGCGUUUUAUAAGUUUGAAGAGCAGAGCAGGGCAGAGAGUGAGUGCCCAGGUAUGAACACGCACUCUCGAGCGUCGUGCAUGCAGAUGGAUGAUGUAAUCGAUGAUAUCAUCAGCCUGGAAUCAAGUUAUAAUGAAGAAAUCUUGGGCUUGAUGGAUCCAGCCUUGCAAAUGGCAAAUACGUUACCUGUUUCCGGAAAUUUGAUCGACCUAUACAGCAACCAGGGCCUGCCACCCCCAGGCCUCACCAUCAGCAACUCUUGCCCAGCCAACCUUCCUAACAUAAAAAGGGAGCUCACAGCGUGUAUUUUCCCCACAGAGUCUGAAGCAAGAGCAUUGGCCAAAGAGAGGCAAAAAAAGGACAAUCACAACUUGAUUGAACGAAGAAGAAGAUUUAACAUAAAUGACCGCAUUAAAGAACUAGGUACUUUGAUUCCCAAGUCAAAUGAUCCGGACAUGCGGUGGAACAAGGGAACCAUUCUAAAGGCCUCCGUGGACUACAUCCGAAAGUUGCAGCGAGAGCAGCAACGUGCCAAGGACCUUGAGAACCGGCAGAAGAAGCUGGAACACGCUAACCGGCAUCUGCUGCUCCGAGUCCAGGAGCUUGAGAUGCAGGCUAGAGCGCACGGACUUUCCCUUAUCCCAUCUACCGGUCUCUGCUCACCUGAUCUGGUGAACCGGAUCAUCAAGCAAGAACCGGUUCUUGAGAACUGCAGCCAGGAACUUGUGCAGCACCAGACAGACCUGACAUGUACAACGACCCUGGAUCUCACGGACGGUACCAUCACGUUCACCAAUAACCUCGGCACCGUGCCUGAGAGCAGCCCGGCCUAUAGCAUCCCCAGGAAGAUGGGCUCCAACUUGGAAGACAUCCUGAUGGACGAUGCCCUCUCGCCUGUUGGUGUCACUGACCCGCUGCUGUCAUCAGUGUCCCCAGGAGCUUCUAAAACAAGUAGCCGGAGGAGCAGUAUGAGCGCAGAAGAAACAGAGCAUGCGUGUUAG